UGCAAUGAAGGCUGCUCUGUUCUUUGUUGCUGCAUUGGUCGCAGUUGCGGCGGUAUACGGACGACCGGAAGAGUCGACCACUGCCGCCAUCCAGGGUGAGGAACAGCCGUCCGCCACCAUCCCGUCUGUGAGAACAUUGGUGGCGGCGUCGUACGCGGAAGAAGACGACGAUACCAUUUGUGUCCAGGCAGACAACAAGUUCUACUUGUAUGCCAAUUCACUGAAGCUGUAUUCUUGCUACAACUUACUACCGAAGGUUUACGUGGUGAAACCAAAGAGUCUGUGUAAACCAGUCCUGUCCGACUGUCCCAAGAACUAGGAGUAUUGCAAGUGUGUCGGCUCAUCCUGGAGGAGCUGACUCAUCUAGGAUUGAGUGAAGACGAGAUGGCUGAGCUGUUGACUGAAGACAUCAACAAUUUUCACAGAAAGAAGUAAAUUCCAAGAGUGUAGAACUUACCUCUUUCACUAGCAAGAAAAACUGGUGGAAUCAGCAUAUCUUGUUUUGUGAUACUUUCUGAUUGCUUCAAGAUAUGCAAUAAAUCAGCUUUACAACCAGGCUACAAACUGAGUGGAAGAAUUAUUUUUUUAACAUGGUUUAGCCUGUUGUAUCUUUCUGUUGGACUUUUAAUAGUUUUAUUCUGACACAAUAAAACUGUUCUUUCAUGUCCUCAACUGUUAUAUAUCAAUUGUAGAACACAUUUCCUAAUCUGUAGCUUUACAUAAAUAGUGGCAAAGUAUAACUGCAUAUUAAUUAUACAAAAUACACAACAUCCAUUCAUGCUAACCAUGGACCAUCCAAAUACCCUGUUCCUGCCUUAACACUUUAACUGGAACGAUGACACCGAUGGACACUGCGGAGACUUAUGACUGACACAGUGGCUUGUCCUUGCCUUUCCUGGAUAACACAUGAAAUAGUUAAAAGCCAGAAAAAAUGGUGUCUUCUCUGGCCGGCCAUCCGACUGCUCCUGCUCCUCACCGAUGGCCAGACCUGCACUCUGGGCAACGCCAUCGCCGUGCCACUGGAACGACGCCAUCUGCAGCGUUACAGAACCCCUGGUUGCCACCCGUGGUAGCAACGCGGCCACAUCCUGCCAUCUGAAGUCGCCUCGCAAACUAAAGACGUAUACACCUGCAGUUGCGAUGCCGUAAUAUUUGUAGGGGA